CGUAUGGCGGAAGUAGCAGGUGCAACAUCACAACAACCGUUAUCAGCACAGAGACAACGGCUGCCGAGGCUGGAGACAGGCCUGCAGAUAGGUUUCUGAUAGAGCAACUAAAGCUUUCAUCUGUUUUGCUGCUGGAGAGUGAGGAGGGCCGUCGACAUGACUCUAAACCAGAACCACUCUGAGUCCGGCGGAGUCAUCAUCAACAACAGCGAAAGUGUGUUGAUGAACUAUGAUAAUGUGGAGCUGGUUUUCUGUGAUGCUGACAGUCUGCCUGAAGCCUUCAGAAAGAGCAAGAAGGGCAGCAUCUACCUAACUCCGUACAGGGUGAUCUUUCUGGCUAAAGGUCGGGAUGCACUGCAGUCCUUUAUGAUGCCGUUCUACUUGAUGAAGGGCUGUGAGGUCAAACAACCUGUACUUGGAGCUAAUUACAUCAAAGGCACCAUCACUGCAGAGCCUGGAGGUGGCUGGGAGGGCAGUGCUAGUUUCAAGCUUGUCUUUGCUGCUGGAGGAGCCAUAGAGUUUGGCCAGUACAUGCUGCAGGUUGCGGCUCAGGCAUCCAGAGGUCAGCCAGUCACUCCUGGGUUUGGCGGAUGCCCCUACAUGGCCAACGGGGCCUACGCUUACCCUCCUCCCCCGGCCAACGGGAUGUACCCUGCUGGACCUCCACCUGGCUACUCCUACUCCAACCCUCCUCCUCCAGGUGGAUUCUACCCCAACCCUCCAGCGUUCGAUGCCUCUGCUGGCUACAUACCUCCACCUCCGUAUUCUGCUCCUUUGGGCCAGCAGCCCCCACAUGACCCAGACCUCCCCUCCACAGCAGCAGCGGAGGCCAAAGCAGCCGAGGCAGCAGCGAGCGCCAGCUGUGCCACGCUGCCUCCUACACAUGUGUACCUGCCACAGGACAAGCCUCCUCCCUACUCCCCUCCAGAAGACAAGAAGAACCAGUAGACCUGCUUUUCUCUCACCAUCAUGUCUUCAGCCCACAUCCUAUGGAUCACCUCUUCUCUCCUUCUACUAACUGGACAUCAAGAAGGCUGAAGCUUUCUUUUUCAACAUCAGUCCCUCAUUUUUUUGGUCUUCCUUGACCCCUUCCAAGUCAUUCCUUAUCUCAUUCCAUCGCUUCCCCACCUCAGCACAUUUCCUUUUAAUAAUUCAUAUAAUGUAAUCCGCCUCAUUCUCCUCAGAAGCACCUUUACUUGAUGGAAAUUAAAAGUAUUGGUAGCAAUCCUUUUAGAGAGAUAAAGAUUGUUCAGGCCAAAGUUGUCAGGUUUGGGAGGCUUUUUUUCAGUGUAAUUGACAAAAACUUUGUAGCCUGACUAGCUAUUUUAGCAUUUAUUGCCUUGCAAAUGUCCCAAGAGUCAUACUGCCACCCUAAACUGUAGAUUUUAGCUACGCUGUGAUGCUCACUUAUAAUUUUCUACAACUAUCAACCCUAGACUGAAUCGAGUGAUUACUUUGCUAACCAAUCCAGAGGCAAGCGAAAUGCAGUCUUUUAUUUUUCUAUCAUUUGUGUGUACAGGCUUUUAAUACAUAGACUUUUGGAAAUGAGAUAUUUUCUCAAGAACACUAACCUAGAGAAGAAAACGCUUUUGUAAAGAGAGCUGCCUGCAGGGUGGUCUGGUCUGCUUUGACAUAUUUGUUGGAUGAGAGGGCCACAAAGAUUAGAGCCCCAGCAGUGGAUCCCUGAUCCUGGAUUAGAGCAGAGAGUGAGAGGGUGGCCAGGGCCUGGAGGGACGUACUGCCAGGAGGGAUUAUCUUUUAUAAUGUGCAAGAGCAGAGCAGUCACCCAAUGAUGUCACUUCCUGUUUUGUCAUGCCUCCGAACGUUCGAGAAAACACAUUGUCAGACUCCGGACUCACCGCCUGCCUGCUUCAUCUUUCAUUCUUCUGAUGUACAUUUUAAAAACCUAACUACUAUAGGAACAAACAAGAGCAUUAGAGUGAUUCUCACCGUUUCUACUUUCUGUGGUCGUGAUCUUAACUCUCCAGUUUGAGGUCGGUCUUAGAAUCUGAUCUGAGCUCCUCAGUAUCUGAGCCUCUUCUCUUCCUUCCUCUAUGGUCACUAAUCUAUAUACUGUAUCUGUGGCACAUCCGUGGCUGAUUCUUUGCACUUUCAGAAUGCUAUGCAUCGGGCUCCUGUUUGCUCUGUCAUGGCUCUGUGUAUAAUAAUAAUUAUAAUAAUAAAGCUCUGUAUUUAUUUCAAACUAAUUUAUUGAAUAAUUUAUGUAAAACGGCUCAAGAAAAAAAAAACAAAGCAUGAUCUCAACUGAUGCAUGUAUGCAUUGGAUUGGAUUUUAUUAAAUGGAUCUCAUGUGAAACAGAA